CGGCAAAUCCCCAUUGCGCCAAAACCCUUCUUACCCUCUCGGCUCUGGAGUCAGCUUGAACGCCCAGGCAUGAAAUCCAGAGAUCUGGCGUUGAUCUCAGUCGCCGGAGUGCUCGGCGCCGCCGCAUAUGCCACUGCAGUUCGUUUAUUUCUCAGACGCCGAAAACAUCUUCGGCCGGCCGCCGGUGCCGAGUUGGCAAUUAAUGGGGCGCGGAAGCAUCCAUCGAAGAGCCCCUUCGACCCCUCCAAACGGGAAGGGUAUUUGUCGUGGGAUGAUUAUUUCAUGGCUAUUGCGUUCCUCUCCGCCGAACGCUCCAAAGAUCCCAACAGACAGGUUGGUGCAUGUUUGGUGAGCCAAACUGGUAUAAUACUUGGCAUUGGCUACAAUGGAUUUCCUCGUGGUUGUUCGGACGACAAACUUCCUUGGGCUAAGAAAUCCAAAACUGGAAAUCCCUUGGAGACAAAGUAUCCUUAUGUCUGUCAUGCUGAAGUUAAUGCCAUCCUAAAUACAAAUCAUGCUUCUGCUGCAGGGCAGAGGCUCUAUGUCACCAUGUUCCCUUGCAAUGAAUGUGCAAAGAUAAUUAUUCAGUCAGGUGUUUCAGAGGUUAUAUAUUUUGUGGAGAAACGGCUGGGGAGUUGUGAUACAACCUAUGUUGCCUCUCACAAGCUUCUAUCAAUGGCAGGUGUCAAAGUAAGAAGGCAUCACCCUCUGAUGAAAGAGAUCUCAAUCAAGUUUGAUGAGUUAUAGAAGUUCAUCUUUGCACUUUGACUAUAAUUAUUUACAUCUCCCUGUGGUUUCUGAUGCUCAUGGAAGUGCAACCAUUUCAGGCAAUGCACUCACCCUUCCCAAAAAUGAGAUUAUUGGCCAUUUGGAACAAUCUGAAGUAUGUUGUUGUUUGUUGUAAUGCUGCUUUAUAGUUGAUAAUAUUCUCAGAAAAAUAUACCAGACCUUUUCUUGAUCCUGUGAUCAACUUUGUGUUUGCCUUCAUGUGCUAUCUAAUUGCAGUUGGCAGAUUUCCCAAUGUGAUUUCUCAAGUCUUUUAGGAUGUCAAUGGUACUAUCAUUACCUAUUUAUCUACCAAAGUAAUAGUACGCA